AUGGUUGCAUCCCAUGAAUUGCGCCCCAGUUUUGAAAACUCGCGUGGCCGGCAGGACCGGACUCAAACCAACCAGGAGAAAAAGUGUAAAGAGAUAAAUAUAUGUUGUGGAGGAGUGGAAGCGAGGAAAGGGGAGCGGGGCAGCCCCGUCAACACCUCCGCCGGCCCGGGUGGAGAGGAUGAGCUGAAAGCUGAGCUGAGGCGGCCGUGGCGAGCCAGUCAUCUGUCAUCUGUGGUCAUGCAGCGAGGCACUGAGGACUGGAGGCGUCGAGCGGGAUUCCUGCUGCUGAAUUGCGACCUUAGCGGGUCGAGCGGAGGAGGAGGCGAGCUGGACGGACCGGGGCCAAAUGAGGAUACUGCGCCUGCGCACGAACCCGAUGGCCUCUGCGGCGGCUGCUCCAGGGGGGGGAACAGCGACUCCCGCAGGUCAGACCGAGAUGCAGGGAAGCAGCAGCACUCCUUUGGGGGGGGCGGCCAGAGGAACCAGCACAGCAGGCCGUUCUUCUACGUGCAGCCGCCCUCGCAGCCCUACCAGCUGUACCCGCACUGGCCGCUAGGCGGCGCCUACCCGCCCUAUGGGAUGCCUGCAGGUUUUAAUUAUGGCCGUCCCUGCAUGCAGCCGUACCCCUACAUGCCCUACCCCGGCUUCGUUUUACCCCAGGCGCCCAUCUACCCCAUGGACUACCGGCGCAUGUUUGAGCCCCGCUUCCACGCCCCGGCCUGGGGCGACUCGCCCCGCCAGCAGCAGCAGCAGCAGGGCCACCGGCGCCGGGAGACGGCCUGCUCCGAGGCCCAGACGGAGCCCAGCGACGCCAUCACCAAGCUCCUCGAGUGCCUGGACAAGAUCCGGGCCUCCGACCUGCAGGGCGCCGACCGGGAGCUGGACUCGGGCAUGUUUUCUCCGGGGGAGGAUAAACACGGGGAGCAGGGCCGCGGCGUGCCCUCGGCCUCCGGCGACAGCUGCCUGGAGUCGACCUCCGCCACCCUCGGUGACCCGGAGUCCGGCCAGAUGCUGCUGGAGCCGCUGAGCCCCGGCGGCUGCUGGCUGGGAGGCCUGGAGGAGGAGCUCCCCCUCGACAGCUCCUCCGUCCACGAGGAGAGACGCUCGGCGUCGGACGGACACUUCCUUGUCGAGGAGAAGGACGCCGCCACGGAUGUCCAGUCAGAUUUGUCACUGAGCGACCCGGGCGCUGCCAGAGGCGAAGAGCUCCUGAAGGCAGCGCCGCCGCUGUCCCAUCGCGCCAGUCAGUCGUCGCCGGUGAAGGACGGCGACCUAUCGGAGGGCGACGGGAGCUGCCAGAUCCUCAAGCUUCCCUUCGACCCCGCGGCCGCCGAAGCCGGGCAGCUGUCGUCCUCGUCCGCCCCGUACUACUACAACUACCUCUCCAUGCAGACGACGCACGAGCGCAUGAGCGUGCUCAGCCCGUCGCUGGACGAGCUCUCCUCCCGGGACGAAGUGUUCUCCACCGACCUGGAAGACGUGGACCUCUUCCCCAAGGCCGUCUACGCCGGCCGCAGGCUGUCGGAGGUCAUCGGGUCACCGUCGGCGGCCCACGACGAGGAGGUGUGGCUGCCGCACCUGAAGGGCGUGGUGUGCGCCUGCUGCGGGAAAGGCCUGGCCAAGGGUCCGGGCCGGACCAGGGCCGGCGGCUCCAAGAUGUACUGGGACGACGGCGGCGACUCGGAGGACGACGGGCGCUUCGGCCGCGGCUGUGAGCGGCCCGUCAGGGUGGUGGUGAGGAAGCACGCCGCCCACAGGAAGGCCGCCGCCCCCCCGCCCAGGCACGCCGCCCGGCACUGGUGUAAGAGAGGCCAGUACCAGGAGGGAGCCGACGCCGCGGAGCCGGAGGGAAGCCGCGGCGCCUGCAAGCACGAGGCGGGCGGCGGCGAGUCUGCAGAGCUGGACGGAGGAGAGCAGCAGUGUCGGACCUGUCAAGACAGAGUCUGCAGAGAGAACCUGACCACGGCCGAGCAGAGCCGCUGGGCGGACGGAGACGUGGUCCCCAGGAGGAGACCGGCGACCCCCAUGCCGCGCCACGAGACGAGUGCUCAGUGGAAGCUGAUGUACCAAAGACCCAGAGAUGAAACCCGUGAAGAGCCACCGCAGUGGGAGAGAGGUAGUUUACCUCGUUUUAACGUCCCAGAUCUGUCG